AUGCUGGACGAAAUUUCUAGUUCAAAGAGUUGUUGGGAGCAGGAUCUCGGGCCUGAAAAUUAAUCUCAUUUCUUAGAAAAGUACUUUUAUGACUUAAUUACCGAUAAUUGUGAUCAAAUAUUAACAAACACCCUAUACAGAACCUUAAUUGAGUAGAAAUCAGAUAAGAAAACUUUAGAAACAAUAUUAACUAGAUACAUAUAGGAAUAAAUUGAUUUGCAACAACGCUAAAAGAUUCAUUCCAAAUACUUUUUUGCAAAAUCAGUUGUUUCUCUGAAAAAAUUAAUCUAAUAAUUUAGACAAUUAUUAGUUCCAGAAGAAAAUAUCAAUAAUACUAGCAGCACUUUAAGUUAAUCAAUUUUGAAGAUAAACAAAAGUGGAUUUUUCCAGAAUUCAGAAUUUAUAGAAUUAUAUGAAAACGAAUAUUUCAAAGAAAUUGGCGAACUUAAUAAAGGAGAAUUAAUUUAUAUAGAUGUAAAGUUUCGUAUUACAAACUCAUAAUUAAAAGAAGAACUGUAUAAAAUAAGAUCCCACAUAUUGAAAUAAUUACUAUAUCAAACGAGCACUGAUGAAAAUUUCUUUUAAACAUUUAAUGAUUAUUAUUAGUUAAAAACAAUUACAGUUCUACUGUUUGUUAAUGGAGAUAUUAAUUUUGAUUACGAAAAAUAUUUCGAUUUAAAGGAAUUACUUGUAGGAUAGAAAAAAUUUUUAAUCAAAUUGAAAGUGUGUUAUAUUUCGGCUAACAGACUCUCUUCCAAUUUUUGCAUAUCAAACAACAUUACCAGCCAAACAAUCACAUAAUAAAAUAUGGCAUUCUAUGAAUUGAAAAGAUACGGACAAGUCAAAGUCAUUAUUAAUAAAACUAUUUGUGAAUUAAGGAAAAUGAAGUAGAAAGCAAAUUACAGCAUAUUUAAGGAUUAUAAAUUUUACAUUUUAGCAAUUGGAAGUGUGGCAGCUAUUGGUUUUUUGUGGAAGGGUUUUUCUAAUUAAGAGAAUUAAGCAAAGAAAUUAUUGAGAUAAUAAUAAUGA